AUGUGUAUCGAUUAUCGAGAUCUGAAUAGGGCAAGCCCUAACGAUAACUUUUCUCUACCUCACAUCGAUACUCUAGUGAAUCAUACUGCUAGGCAUUCUAUAUUUUCUUUUAUAGAUGGCUUCUUAGGCUAUAAUCAGAUCAAGAUGGCUCAAGAUGAUAUGGAAAAACUAUAUUUAAUGCUUAUCAAAUCCGCCCUUAUUGGUACCACCUGUUCCAAGAAAGCUAUUGAUCUUAUACUUAACGGAAGAAUAGUGCGGUGGCAAGUUAUGUUUUUAGAAUAUGAUAUCAUUUAUGUGACUCAAAAAACUAUAAAAAGAAGUGCCGUAGCCGAGUUUCUUGUUGAUUGUGCUAUCAAAAAUUAUGAACCAAUGAACCUGAAGUUCUCUGAUGAAGAUGUGAUGGCCAUUGAAGAAAAUGAACCUGUUGAAGAGUCUUGA